AUGGCGACAAAGGUGCAUACUGUUGCACAGACAGGCUUCGGGACUGGGACGAAUGAGCUUUAUGAUCGGGCUCGCCCGUCGUACCCAGCGGAGUGUCUUUCAUACAUUCGCCAGGUGUCCAAGAGCACAGCACCUUUGAACAUCAAUUGUGGGGCAGGGACAGGUAUUUUCACCCGUGCCUUGUUAGCUCACCCUGAGUGGGCUACGAGCAUUGGCACGCUGAGGGCUGUCGAACCUAGCGACGGCAUGUGUGAUGUGUGGACGAAGACUGUCAAUGAUGAUCGCAGUACCAUUGUCAAAGGAACAUUUGAUAACACUGACCUUAUUAUUAUCGCACAGGCUUUCCAUUGGUGCCCCGACUAUGGGAAAGCAUCGGCUGAAUUCGCCCGUAUCUUGAAGAAGGACGGUGCAGUUGUGUUUAUAUGGAACCUUGAAGACAGGUUCGCUUCUGUUUUUUUUUCUCCGCUACGAGAUGGUGCAGGCUGGGUUGCGCAACUCCGUGACCGCAUCGAGGUUCAUGAGAAAGGGACACCCCAAUUUCGCCUCGGUCUCUGGAGGAAGACGUUCUCUACACCUGAGUAUAUCUCCUCGUUCCACCCUCAGGAUGAGGAAGAAUGGGCAUACCAUCUUCUUGCUAGCGAGCAAAUUGUUACGGAUCGCGCUAAGAGUAAGAGUUACAUUACCAUGCUCCCUCCAGAUGAAAAGGCCAAGGUAGUGGAGGACGUCAAAGGUAUCCUUGAGCGGGGAGAUGAUAAAGUCUGGAUUAACAAGGAGGAAGGCACGUAUCAAUAUCCAUAUAAGACUUACAUAGUGGUAUCUAGAAAGAAGUAG